AUGACAGAGUUUGCUCUUCGUUCGAUUGUGAAAACGAACUCUGGUCCAUCUUUUCAACCAUCAUCUGAAACAGAAACACAUAUGGCCAAUAACAAUACGAAUAAAGGGUUUCGACGUUUUGGUCGUCAUUAUUUACUUCUCUUAUGGAAAAAUCUUAUAUUAGCAAAACGUAUGCCAGUACGAACAUUUCUUGAAAUAACGUUACCAGUAUUUUUUGGCUUUCUUUUACUUGGUAUAAGACAUAUCGUCAAAUCAGAAAUACAUCCAUCUGGUAGAACUUAUGAUCCAUUUUCUGUUGAUCAUUUACCUACAUUUUUGGAUCAACCUGUAUCAAUGAUUGGUUAUACACCACAAACAAAGUUUACUGAUGCAGUUAUGAAAACAGUAGCUGCUAAACUAAGGUUAUUUCAAAUUGGUUAUAAUGAUGAAAAUUCACUUGUCACAGAAAUUAAUAAAGAUAUGCCACAAUCACCAUUUCUUGGUGGUGUUGUAUUUACAAAUUUAACUUUAGAAUUAAAUAUAACAUAUAAAAUUCGUCUUGCAGCUAAAUUAAGAAAUUCUGGAAUAGGAACUCUUUUUAAUGGUCAAAAUAAUUGGCGAACAAAUUUACUUUAUCCAUUAUUUCCGAUUAUUGGACCCCGAAAUAGUCAUAAUGAAACGGGAGGACCACCUGAUUAUUAUGAAGAAGGUUUUCUUACAUUACAACGAGCUAUUGAUAUGGGAAUUCUUAAUGAACUUAAUUCAACAUUUAAUUCAUCGAACAUUAAUAUUCAACUUCAACGUUAUCCAUUUCCACCUUAUAAAGAAGAUAAUUUUGUACUUGUUAUUCAAGUUUGGUUUCCUUUUUUACUUAUUAUGUCAUAUAUAUUUGCAGCUAUUAAUGCAGUUAAAAAUAUUGUUUAUGAAAAAGAAAAAGGUUUAAAGAUUGCUAUGACUAUUAUGGGUCUUAACGGUUGGAUUCAUUGGUUAUCAUGGUUUACUCGAUCGCUUGUUUUUUUGACAAUAGCCGAUAUACUUAUAGCUGUUUGUUAUAUUGUUAAAAUUCCAUUAAAAUCUGGUGGUUCCAGUUCAAUUAUUGGAGAAUCGGAUAUCACAUUGGUUUUCUUUUUUCUAUUUUCUUAUUCAAUUACAUCAAUAUGUUUUAUGUUUUUAAUCAGUACACUUUUUGAUAAAGGUAAAGGAAUGUUGAACUGUACUUUUUUUUUUUGUAGAACUUAUAUAUUUUCGAAGAGAAUAGUGAGUGUCAGUUUUAAGUUGAAGUUUUGCAGUUUCACUUCCAUUAAUAGACCUUACCUAUUGAGAACAAAAGGCGUCAGAUUUUUUUUUCCAGAGUUUCUUAGCGAUGAAAAAAAGGUGCUGAACAGC